CGCGCUGUAGGAGCGGCGGGCGGUCAGUGCACGCCCCUUGCUGUGUCCACAGCUGGCUCCACGCGCCCCUCUCGGGCGUCCGGCGUCCUGGCGGCUUGGGUGGCGGCGGUUCGGGCAGUCGCCUGUCUGCUCCUCGGGGCGGCGACCUGGCUCACGCGCGGGCCCGCCGCGGCCUUCACUGCCGCAAGCUCUGACGCCGGCAUAAGGGCCACGUGUUCUGAAAUUACUUUGAGACAAGAAGUUUUGAAAGAUGGUUUCCACAGAGACCUUUUAAUAAAAGUGAAGUUUGGAGAAGGCAUUGCGGACUUACAGAGGUGCCGACUCUUAAUUAAACAGUACAUUCCUACAGGACUUUUUGUGGAUCCAUAUGAGUUGGCUUCAUUACGAGAGAGAAACAUAACAGAGGCAAUGAUGGUUUCGGAAAAUUUUGAUAUAGAGGCCCCUAACUAUUUGUCCAAGGAAUCUGAAGUUCUCAUUUAUGCCAGACAAGAUUCACAGUGCAUUGAUUGUUUUCAAGCCUUUUUGCCUGUGCACUACCGCUAUCAUCGGCCACAUAGUAAAGAUGGAGAAACCUUUACUGUGGUCAGUAACCCAGAUUUGUUGAUGUAUUGUGACCAAGAGUUCCCGAUUUUGAAAUGCUGGGCCCACUCAGAAGUGGCAGCUCCUUGUGCUUUGGAGAAUCAGGAUAUCUGCCAUUGGAACAAGAUGAAGUAUAAAUCAGUAUAUAAGAAUGUGACUCUGCAGGUUCCAGUGGGACUGACUAUACAUACCACUUUAGUAUGUUCUGUGACUCUGCUCAUUACAAUCCUGUGCUCCACUUUGAUCCUUGUAACAGUUUUCAAAUAUGGCCAUUUUUCCCUAUAAGUUUUAUGUAGUUAAAUCCUUCCUAGAAACCUAAAUAAGAUCUAUUAAAUUCUGAUAAGAGGUGUUCUUCUAGAAUUGAGCUAAUAACUUUUAUCAUUUGUCUUCAUUUGUGGCCAAAAUUAUGUUUACUAGAGGAAAUCUGGGAUCAUUCUCAGCUAAUUCCAAAAUUUAGUGCUCUAUUGCAUAGAUCCUUGGUAAUCCUCAAGCAUCAAAUGCCGUUAAGAGGAAACUUAAUUCUGCUAAAUUGAUGUUUAUUUUGUGAGAAGUGACUUUAUCUUCAUUUGGGAUAGAAAAAUUAUUUCUUUAUGUAGUAGAGACAAAUUAUUCUCAUUUUGUGAAUACUUUCCAUGUAAGCUACAAAUUGUGAAAACCAUACAAAUAAGAAUAAAAUAGGCCAGGCACAGUGGCUCACACCUUUAAUCCCAGCACUUUGGGAGGCCGAGGUGGGUGGAUCACCUGAGGACUAGAGUUCUAGAUCAGCUUGGUGAAACCCCAUCUCUACUAAAAACACAAAAAUUAGCUGGGCGUGGUGGCGGGUAUCUUUAGUCCUAGCUAAUUGGGAGGGAGAUGUGGGAGAAUCGCUUGCAUCUGGGAGGCAGAGGUUCCAGAGAGCCAAGAUUGCACUACCAUACUCCAGAGUGAGACCCUAUGUCCAAAGGAAAAAGAAAAGAAUAAAAUCACUUGGAAUGAAAAUCAUGUUUAUUUAAAUAUUAAUGCCAUGAGAAUAUUAAAGACAUUUGCCAGAGUUUCAACAAAAAUCAUUAAAGUAGGACAGCUAAGAAAUUAUUAAUGCUAAUAUCAAAAUUAUUGAUAAUCCCAAUCUUAAAUUGUUGAUUAUUCCUUAAUGCACUCCAUUCUCCUUUUA